GAGCAGCUCUCAGUCAGACUCUGUCAGUGUCGAGUGAACAGAGGAACAUGGCUUCAACUUUCCUCAGCAUCAUCCUCCUCUUCAUCGCUGCUCACACAGCAGAUGGAUUUGAGGAAUAUACGUUGGAUGUCUGCAUAUUUAACUCAACUAAACUGGAGGACAUCCAGUACAUCCGGUCUCUCUAUUACAACAGACGGGAGUACCUCAGGUUUGACAGCAAUGUGGGAGAAUAUGUGGGAUACACUGAGUUUGGAGUGAAGAACGCAAAGAGGUGGAACAGCGGUCCAGAGGUGGUCCAAACGAGAGCUGAGAGGGAGAGAUACUGUUUUAACAAUGUGGGAAUUUACUAUCCAUAUGAUCUGACUAAAUCAGCCAAACCCUACGUCAGACUUCGCUCUGAGGAGUCCCCUGCUGGUAAACAUCCUACCAUGUUGGUCUGCAGCGUCUUCGACUUCUACCCCAAACACAUCAAAGUGACCUGGCACAGAGACGGGAAGGAAGUCACCUCUGAUGUCACUUCCACUGACGAGCUGGAGGACAGUGAUUGGUACUACCAGGUCCACUCUCACCUGGAGUACACGCCCAGGUCUGGAGAGAAGAUCUCGUGUGUGGUGGAACAUGCCAGCCUGAGUCAACCUCUGAUCACUAACUGGGAGCCAUCCAUGCCCGAGUCUGAGAGAAACAAGAUCGCCAUCGGUGCCUCUGGACUGAUUCUGGGUCUGACCUUGUCUCUGGCUGGAUUCAUCUACUACCGGAAGAAGUCUCGAGGACUCAUUCUGGUUCCCAAUCACUGAGCCUGGUCCUGAAUCCUGCACCUGAAUCUAAUCAUGGUCCUGGUUCUGAACCAGAUACUGCUUCAAUCUCUUUCUUUUUGUCACUUUAUAAUGUCAAGGCUGUCACCUGCUGGUCUGGUUUAUCACCGGAUUUUCUGAUACCCUGAUCCAGGUCUACCACAGUCCUGUGCACAAAAUCUUUCGGGGAAUCCCGGACCAGGUUUAAUCUGGACUCUGGUGUAUCAGCUUCUACUUAUAUAACCAGAUAUUUUGCUGCUUCUGUGUGUGAAAUAUGAAUUUCUUUGCCGCAAAGUGACUCAGUAACAGCUUUGAAAUCCUGAACAAUCCGGUUUGGUGACUGGUUUUGGGCUCUUAGGUCGUGUGAUUGUUGGACUGAUAUAUUUUUACUGGAGUGGGACAUUUUUAUAAUCACAAUAAAAGUGUGGGGAAAACCCCCCAGAGACAAUGUUUAAUUAGUGCCUGCAGCUGCAAGGCAUUCUAGUGAGAACCCUAGGGUUCUCACUAGAAUGCCUUGCGCUGCAAGCAUCUCUUGUUAUCCUACGCGUUUAUUAGUGCCUGCAGCUGCAAGGCAUUCUAGUGAGAACCCUAGGGUUCUCACUAGAAUGCCUUGCGCUGCAAGCAUCUCUUGUUAUCCUACGCGUUUAUUCCGCUUAUUUUUCCCGCGCACGCCAAAAGUUUGGCGCGCUUCUCCUCCUGCAGCUUUGAGAAACCCCCAACACAAGUUAUAUCAAAAUGUGCGCCUUGACCGGGAAUGGUGUGCUAUGACUUUUCUAAGAUUUUCAUAUAACCACUGGGAUAAUAUUUACAAAAAACUGAACAAAAAUGAACAUUGAAGUGGAUGGGAGACCGAAAAAAACCAAGCCCGCUUUGGAGCAUCACAGUGUCGUCAUACUUUAACGUAGAAACGUGGUUGGAAGUUUAAACGGGUCACAAGACUUGGGACUUUUCUGACCUAAGUCGACAUUUUGAUACAUGUUACGGUUUUUGAACUAUCGCAGUUUAAGUUUUGUACUUUUUUUCAAAGCUUUCUGAUUUUAUAAUGGGUGUGUGUGUGGUCGUUAGGUGUGAGCUAGAGUGACACACCCUAGCAAGAUCCAGCAAAAUAAUCAGAAAAACUUCUAAACAAACUCUUCUCCUGCCCACAAUUUCCAACCUACAGAGACAAUUUUUGGUUUUUUGGCCAUGGUUGUCGUCUAACCCUGUGUGUGUUUGUCAUGUUCAUAUGACUUGUAGUUUUUUUUAAAAUCACCUCAAAGCACAGAGAACUCUGGUCACAGUCUCAAUUCACUCCCAUGUUAAAAUGUCUGCUUUGGAGUUGUGGAAAAUCAAGAUGAGGGUGAUUUUAAAACUGUGAUUUCUCUGUCAAUUCACGCCCGUUUGUCACAAAUUUUGAGAUGGGAGCUGCUGAAAGCCUCCUGGCGCUCACAAACCAAACAUUUUAUCUCUAUCAUCAACCGUUCUUGAGAUAUGACAACUUUAAAACAUGCUGUUUUCUCUGUGAGAAUGGGAAACAGAGGGGAUUGUGAAUCUCUCUCUCCCUCUCUCCUGUCACUCCAGCAGUUUGCCCCGCCCCCUCCUCUGCCGGCCCUGAUUACACACACCUGCUGACAAUUAAGCCAUGUGGACUAUAAAAACUCCCUGUUCCCCUGUUUCAGUGCCAGUGUGUUUUCGUCCAUGCCUGAUCACCCGAGCUCCUCGUCACAGCCACAGAAUCCUCAAGUUUUUGAUCCUCUUGGUGAGCGACGCUUUAUUUUGUAAGUUUUCUUAUCAUAGCCUGUUAGCUGAUACCUUAGUUAAGAUUUAUAGCUUUUGUUUUCCUCCUUGGGAGAGAUUUUUUCUUUGUUAAUUUUCACAGCCUUUUAGGAACUCCAAUCACUAGGAUUGUGACUUACCUUUUAUUAGUUAGAUCCAAUCAUUUAGAUUGCGUUUUGUUUUUUAUCUCAUUCUUAGUUAGUUAAGGAUCGCCAAUCAUUAGGAUUGUGCUUUUGAGUUAGUUUUUGUUUUGAAGUGUUUAGAGCCGUGUUUUCCUCCGUUUGGAGAGUUUUCUGUUUAAGUUUUACAUGAUAACCUUAGUCCGAGUAUGUUUCCUCUUCGGAGUGAUUUUUAUUUGUUCCGCGUUUAUAGUUCCACAACAUUUCUCUUGUAGAGCGUUGCGCUCGCAAUUUGUUAUAGGUUUUCAUAGCCACACUUUUGUUUUUCCUCAGUAAAGAGGACCUGCCUUGAGAAUUGUUUACGAGUGCCAAUAAAGACAAUUAAAAGGCCUCUGCGUCUGAGUCCUCUCUGAUCCGUCUUGUUAUCUCCUUUAAAACUUGGUGUUUUUAAAGGGUGAGUCCACCAAAAUACCACUCUGUCUAAAUGCUUUUAAAGGUUCAAUCCACAUUUUUAGAUUUUAUAACGCAGGUGUUCGGAAGGGGGAGGGGGCAUCAGGGAGUGGGAGGGGUUUAUGAGUUAUUCUCUUUCAAAGGGUGAUUCCACCAAAAUACCACUCAAUCCUUUACCAGCACAAGUCCUGCACGUGACGACACAUGCCGCAAGAACUGCAGGCACACUCGAAAUUUCGGCACGGAAUUGCGGAAAUCUAGUUUGUAUUUGUCAUCUAAUUAAAAAAAAAAGCUUAUUGUAAUUCACAAUUUUUACCACAAGGGGGUUAUCAUGCUGGCAUUUAUAAAUAAACAUAACAGUAUUUUAAAGUAACACUUUAUAAUAGAUUGAAUUAAACCAAUAAAAUAAAGUUUAUUAUAAUUACACCAAUUUUAAAAAAGUAAAAUACAAUUUAUUUAAGUCACAUUAAGUUAAGUAAAAUAUAUAUUACAUGUCAUUUAGCAGACGCUUUUAUCCAAAGUGACUUACAAUAUGUGCAUUUAAACAUUUGGGUACAAAUAAGAGCUAGAAGUAAGUAAGAGCUUCAAGUAAAUCAAACUAUGAAGUGCUAGUCGUAAGUGCGAUGUAUUUUU